AGCAAGUGAGGCAUGUGGUGUGAUGUUUUGAGUCGAGGUGAUUGACCGGGAGAGAGCUAGGAAUACUUGAAGUACGGACAUAUUUUUCUAUUAUUUCACAUACUGAAUUACAUUGAGAAGAAGUGAGCUAAUUUAAUUACAUUUUAAGAAAGUUGUUGAGUCUCAAUUACACAUUCAGCAGAUCGUCAGACUACUUGAAACAGUUGAGAAUGUGCAAGACUGGAGAAAACAUGAAUGAUUCCGAGACGGCUAGCCUAGUGACUAGUCCAGUACGUCCUGUGACCGCAAAAGCCCCGGCCAAGAAAGAAUUAACCCUGCCUGAAAAACAAGACAAAGUGAAGGCCUACGCCCCAAAAUCGAGUUGGCAGCCGCCUAAACCGUACACAACAAAUUUCAAACUGUACCAGUAUAAUCCUGACGAGGCCCGCCCUCAGUCUAGGGCAUCAACACCAGGUCAGAGGUCACGACCUCAGUCACAUGUUCGGGUCACGAGAUCACAGAGUUGUGACGUGUUGUCACGCGCCAGUGCCAUCAGUGGGAGUGAAAUGAGCCUCAAGGAAUUAUCCACUCAGGACAAUUUGGUGGUCUCCACGGAGUUGCCCGGCAAUAAAAGUGGCAAUAAAGUUUCCUCAAAGGGACUCGUGAAGGGACUUAAGCGUCGCAUGAGAAAACUAAAGCCAAAGAAGGUUUCCUGCAAAAAUGACUACAGUAAACCCAUUAUGGAGACCAGUUUUACCACAAGUCUUCCUCACGAAAACUCCUUUGACAAUUCCUCAUUUGAGGAGGAUAAUGACGAGGAAGAGGAAGUUGCGGUAGUUGAGAUUCUCACAACACAAUCAGACACUACUGAUCCUUGCCAGAACAGUCGGUGGUGCGAGGGAUUGGCUUUUUAAUAAUUUUUUUAAAUAUAUUUUUAUCGCUGUAGUAUAUAUAACUACUAGCGAAUGUUACAAAAAUGACGAUACUUAUUGAAAUAUAAUGAAAACAAGUGUAUUGCAGUGAAGUUUUUGGCAAGUUUGGGUUGCUUGUGCGUGCAGGCAUACAAGUACCUGUGUGUGUGUGUGUGUGUGUGUGUGUGUGAGAGUGAGAGAGAGAGACGGUACACAGGCUCGUAUACGUACAUGCAAGUGAGGCAAAGUAAUUUUUAGAAGAAAAAAACUAUAACUUCCACUUUUGUUAUCCCAUUGAUAGGGGGAUUGUUUCUGAUACUUACGCUUAA